AUGGACACGGCGCUGGAGCACUUCCCGGGACUCGACAGCUUCUCGGCCGCCUACUUCGACGACGAGGACUUCUUCACGGACCAGUCGUCCAGGGACCACCUGGACGGGGACGAGCUGCUGGAGGAGGACGUGGACUUUCUGAGCAGCCAACUCAGCGAGUACUACAGGGAGGGCGAGCACUGCGACUCGGGCAUCCUGUCCUUCACCUCCUCCUCCUCCUCCUUCUCCUUCGACUGCCUGGACAGCGCGGCCGAGGUGUCCCCCCGGCUCAAGGGCAUCGGCAGCCUGGCCAGGAGGCGCAGGAGGGUCCGCUCGGAGGUCGAAAUGCAGCAUCUCCGACAGGCAGCCAACGUGCGGGAGCGCAGGAGGAUGCAAUCCAUCAACGAUGCCUUCGAAGGGCUCCGGACUCACAUCCCCACCCUCCCCUACGAGAAGAGACUCUCCAAAGUCGAUACCCUCCGACUGGCCAUCGGGUACAUUAACUUCCUCUCGGAGUUGGUGCAAUCGGACACGCCUUUGAGAAACCCCGGACACGAUCCCGCAAAUCAACCGAAAAAAGUCAUCAUCUGCCACAGGGGUGCAAGGUCGCCCUCUCCAAACGAUCCAGACUAUGGAUUACCUCCUCUCGCGGGUCACUCCCUGUCCUGGACCGACGAGAAACAGCUCAAAGAACAAAAUGUCAUCAGGACGGCAAAAGUGUGGACCCCCGAAGACCCCAGAAAAACAAACACCAAACCCUCUGUGAACAACAUCGAGAACGAGCCACCCUUUGACUAUGUCUCGUAGAUGUUGAAUCGGUCAUUUUCA